AUGCUCAUAAAUGUAGAAUCUGACAGUUCUAGUGACGACCCGACUCCCGAAAGAAAUGAAGAAGAAACCAAUGAGGAGUUACAACCCGUUGUUGAGGCAUAUGUCGAUGUUUCUAAAGAUAAUCAAUGUGGAAAUCAACAAAGGUUCGAUGCAUUUUGGGAGAUGGUUCUAGAGCAUUUUAGUGUUCAAAUGGGAGGUUUAGAACGGUCACGACACCAAGUAAACUCAAAAUGGAAAGACCUCCAAAAGAAAUGCAACGCUUUCAACAGCAUCUAUAACCGUAGGAUGAACAGUGUGGCUAGCAGGAGAUCUGGGGCUGAUGUUUUACAAUCUUCACUAAGUGAGUAUCAGUGGACUAUUAAUCAGAAAUGUUUUCCUCAUCAGCAAGCUUGGGAGUGGUUGAAAGACAACGCAAAAUAG